AGCGGCGCGCGGCGGCUGUUUCCGACCCGAUAAAGCGGCGUUGUCCCAGCGCGCCGGCCGAAGCCUCGCAACGCUCCCUCUGCUCUCGCGUCGCCGCUGCCUGACUGCCCGGCCGGCCGGCCGAAGAGCAGCCGCAGCCGGGCACCCGUCGCUGUCGCCUCCCUGAGCGCCCGGGGCUCCGCGCCCCCACCGCCCCGCCCGGCCCGGCCGCGCCGCCGCCCCCGCGGCCCCGGCCGAGGAGACAGGUCAGCCAGUCACUCGAUGGGGAGCAACGGGGGACCUCCUUUUUGUGUCACCUUCCCACCUCUCUGUAGCAAGAAAAGUAACUUCAGCACCACUUCCGUGAUAAUGAUGAAACUGGUAUUAACUGAAUGGCAAUUAUGGAUUUUUAACUCUAAUUCACAGUAAAUCAGCCUUAUGUAUAAAAUCCAACCAAAAAGCCUUCUGUUUUGCGGCAUGUCUCUUCUGAUGGUGAGAAGUCGUGAGCUGUGUGUACAAGGAGGAAUAUGAGGAGUACCAGUCGGAGGAGCACAACUGAAACAGAAAGAGAAGACGUCUAAUUUAUCCUUAAAGAUAGCAGAUAGUAUUAUUUAUAUAGAUAGUGUGAAAACACAUAUAUAUUUUUGGUGGUAUGAAAAUGGCUCCACAGAAUGCCGACUCAGAAUCUAUGCAAGUCCAAGAGUUCCCUGGGGGCCUGCCGGCCCUGCAGAAGCCGGGGAGCACGGAGGCGGAGGCCCACGAGGAGGCCCUCAGCGAGGGCUCCGUAGACCGCAUCCCCGUGCGCCUAUGGCUCAUGCACGGGGCGGUGAUGUUUGGCAGGGAGUUCUGUUACGCCAUGGAGACGGCGCUGGUCACGCCGAUCCUGCUGCAGAUCGGCCUUCCGGAGCAGUACUACAGUCUCACCUGGUUCCUGAGCCCCAUCCUCGGCCUCAUCUUCACACCCCUCAUCGGCUCUGCCAGCGACCGAUGCACCCUGAGCUGGGGCCGCCGGCGGCCCUUCAUCCUGGCCCUCUGUGUGGGCGUGCUCUUCGGCGUGGCCCUGUUCCUUAAUGGCUCUGCCAUCGGUCUGUCCCUCGGCGAUGUCCCCACCCGGCAGCCCAUUGGCAUCGUCCUCACGGUGCUGGGAGUGGUGGUCCUGGAUUUCAGUGCCGAUGCCACCGAGGGGCCCAUCCGUGCCUACCUGCUGGACGUGGUCGACAGCGAGGAGCAGGACAUGGCCCUCAACAUCCAUGCCUUUUCUGCCGGCCUUGGCGGGGCCAUCGGCUAUGUGCUGGGGGGCCUGGACUGGACGCAGACCUUUCUGGGCACCUGGUUCCACACGCAGAACCAAGUGCUCUUCUUCUUCGUGGCCAUCGUCUUCACCGUGUCAGUGGCCCUGCACCUGCUGAGCAUCGAUGAGGAGCAGUACAGCCCCCAACAGGAGCGGAGCGGGGGGGUGGCUGCCACCCUGGCCCCCGCCGCCCGCCACAGCGCCUUGUUCCCCGACGAGGUGCAGUCGGAGCACGAGCUGCCCCUGGACUACCUGGACGUGGACAUGGUGCGCAGCAAGAGCGACUCGGUGCUGCACGUGCCGGACGCCACCCUGGACCUGGGGCCUGAGCUGCUCUUCCUGCACAACAUCGAGCCGUCCACCUUCCACGAUGCCUCCUCCCCCAGCACCCCGCGCAGCACCAGCCAAGAGCUCGCCGAGGCCAAGCUGCCCUCACUGCUCAGGGAACCCGCCAAGGAGGAUGAGACGCUGCUCGAUAAUCACUUGAAUGAAACCAAAGUCCCGAAUGGAAGUGGCUCCCCACCAAGAGAUGGCCUCGGCAGCUGCUCCAGGGCCGACGGGAAGCCCUCGGCCACAGCCGGCACCAUGAGGCGGCGAAGGCACAUGUUCCGCCGGCAGGCCUCCAGCACCUUCUCCUACUAUGGCAAGAUCGGGUCCCACUGCUACCGCUACCGACGGGCCAACGCCGUGGUCCUCAUCAAGCCCUCGCGCAGCAUGAGUGACUUGCACGACCUACAGCAGCGCCAGCGGUGCCGGCGCCGGAACCAGAGCGGGGCCACCACGUCCAGUGGGGACACGGAGAGUGAGGAGGGCGAGGGUGAGACCACCGUGCGGCUGCUCUGGCUGUCCAUGCUCAAGAUGCCCAAGGAGCUGAUGCGGCUGUGUCUCUGCCACCUGCUCACCUGGUUCUCCGUCAUUGCCGAGGCCGUGUUCUACACUGAUUUCAUGGGCCAGGUCAUCUUUGAAGGGAACCCCAAGGCCCCCUCCAACUCGACUGCCUGGCAGGCCUACAACGCUGGCGUGAAGAUGGGCUGCUGGGGCCUGGUCAUCUAUGCAGCUACGGGUGCAGUUUGCUCAGCCCUGUUACAGAAGUACUUGGACAACUACGACCUGAGCAUCAGGGUCAUCUACGUGCUGGGGACACUGGGCUUCUCCAUCGGCACGGCCGUGAUGGCCAUGUUCGCCAAUGUCUACGUGGCCAUGGUCAUGAUCGGCACCAUGGGCAUUGUCUCCAUGAGCAUCUCCUACUGCCCCUACACCCUGCUCGGGCAGUACCAUGACACCAAGGAGUACGUUCACCACAGCCCCGGGAACUCCAAGCGUGGCUUUGGCAUAGAUUGCGCCAUCCUCUCCUGCCAGGUCUACAUCUCCCAGAUCCUGGUGGCGUCCGCCCUGGGGGGCGUGGUUGAUGCUGUUGGGACUGUGCAUGUCAUCCCGACCGUGGCCUCCGUCGGCUCUUUCUUGGGCUUCCUCACAGCCACGUUCCUGGUGAUCUACCCAGAGGUGCCAGAAGAAACCAAGGAGGAGCAGAAAGGCCUGUCUUCCCAGGCCUCCGGGGAAGGCGGGGACAGCAGCGAGAAGCCCACCGUCCUGAGGCUGUCCCGGAAGGAGGGCCUGCGGGGGCCGGUGGAGACAGAGUCGAUGGUCUGAGCCGCGCGCACACAUUCCAGCGGGGCGGACGGGGCAGGCUGGCCGGCCUUGCUUUGCUGGCAGCACGAACCAGAGUUCUUCCACAGAGGGAGGGGAGGCCCCAUAGUUGUAGGGUAGCUUUGAGCCACUAGGCAAAAAUACCAUGCUAAUUACUUUUUCCAUGAGUAAAACAAUCAUUUGAAUUUUUUUUAUUUGAAAAUCUUUUACUUUCAGCUCUAUAUUUUAUUCUGCAUGUUUUUUAAAUUGCAAACCAGAUUUACAGUAUAGACAAUAAGCAAUUUAGAAAAUAAGAUUUUGCAUUUCCAAAGCUAUAAUUGAAAACAAUACCUGGUGUCCUUUGCUACAUCUCACCUGAACACUUGAGGUCCAGUGACGUUUCUGUCAGGUUUUCCCUCCGGACACCUCCAGGUGCUUGGGUGCUCGGUCAGGUCACGUCACAGCUCGCUGGUGCUGCAGCUGUUGGAGACUAUUACGAUUAUUUAGGAAAAAAUUUUUAUAAACUGAAGCUUUCUUGGAAGAGUAGCAUCUGCUCCUCUCCUCCGAGUCCCCGGGCAGCAGUGGGGGCUGCCACGCACCAAAGCUGGGGGGAGGCAGGGUCCCGGUGCCUCUCCUGGGUAGGAAGGGCGAUCUGCAAGGGCCGGUCCCAGACACCCCACCCCGGGGGCACCAGGCAGGGACGCCACUUCAGGACUGGCGAUCUCCAUGCGUUCACCACGUGUGCGUGUCUGCGUCUGGGCCCCUGGCCCCACCGUCUUGUCUGAGGCUCCCGGAGAGGUUCUGGACUCCUCCAUUGCACUUUGAUUUGACUUAAGACCGUUUUUUGGGGAACUGUGAGGGCAGAGCUCGGAACUGCCUCUUGAGCCCCACCACCAGGCCUACCUCGGGCAUGUGUGGAGCAGCAGCCCACACAUGUGAACACACGCUGGAAGGCUUCUGAAUGCUGACCUCUCCGCCUGCUCACCCUGCCUGGCGCCGCAGUCAAACAGGUGCAUCAUGAGGACCGCAUCUGGGACAGGAGGGUCCGUGCGCCCAGCAAUUCAGCACAGCAUUCCCGGCUCCCAGAGAAGCCGGACUUGGGCUUUGGGGAGGUGCACUCAUCAAAUGCUGCGGCUACUGGGAAAUGUCAUUCAAACCACCACCUCUUCACAGCUGAGCGGUUUCUGCUUUUCUUAUUUGGAGCCAUCAGGCCAAGCUUACUGGUGUCAAGGAGCAGGUGGCCUGCGCGUCACCAAAUGAGGUCAGACGGUUGUGAUAUUUUGCUGCCUCAAGCCAGUGUUUUCUUAAAUAAAGUACUUUAAAAUGCAUGAAAAUCAUGCUGCAAUAUGGUCACUCUAAUGCAAAUAUAUAUAUAUACAUAUAUAUAUAUAUAUUUCAAGAUGAAAUUAAGCAGUUUUUAAAUAAAUUACUUGAAUUUUC